GCGCCCUCCCGGAGACGGGAGGAGGGCGGUGCGCGGCACGUCCCCAAGCCCUCCCAGCCUGCGCUUCGGAGCGUCCUCGCCGGGAGGGCUGUCGCGCGGGCUUCGCGGAGGUGGAGGCUAGCCUAAAAUGGCUCUGUGCUGGUAAGCUGCAGUCGCAGCCGUGAACCACUCCCCUCGUCCUCCUGACGUCGCCAUAGACAAGCGCACAAUUCACUCCAAAGCCCUGAAACCCGCGAUUUUGCACCAGGUGGUGUGGUGGAAGUAAUUCUUCCUGCAGGAUGAAUUAAGAGAAGAGGACACUUAUUCAUCAGUAAUGGAGAGCAAUUUGUCAGUUUCCAAUAUGCAAGAACCUUUGUCUUCACCCUUGGAAAAGCAUCUUAGCUCAGCUAAUGGAAAUGGAGAUCUUGAUUCAGAGGAAGGUUCAAGCCUGGAGGAAAUUGGCUUUAACUGGGGAGAAUAUUUGGAAGAAACGGGUGCCAGUGCAGCUCCUCAUACAUCAUUCAAACAUGUUGAAAUCAGCAUUCAGAGCAACUUCCAGCCGGGAAUGAAAUUGGAAGUGGCUAAUAAGAACAACCCUGACACGUACUGGGUGGCAACAAUCAUCACCACCUGCGGGCAGCUCCUGCUUCUGCGCUACUGUGGUUACGGGGAGGACCGCAGGGCUGACUUCUGGUGCGACGUUGUCAUAGCAGAUCUGCACCCUGUGGGAUGGUGCACGCAGAACAACAAGGUGUUGAUGCCCCCGGAUGCAAUCAAAGAGAAGUAUACAGACUGGACAGAAUUUCUCAUACGUGAUUUGACUGGCUCACGGACAGCACCAGCCAACCUACUGGAAGGUCCUCUGCGAGGGAAAGGCCCUAUAGACCUCAUUACAGUUGAUUCCUUAAUAGAACUUCAGGAUUCUCAGAACCCUUUUCAGUACUGGAUAGUUAGUGUGAUUGAAAAUGUUGGAGGAAGAUUACGCCUUCGCUAUGUGGGAUUGGAGGACACUGAAUCCUAUGACCAGUGGUUGUUUUACUUGGAUUACAGACUUCGACCAGUUGGUUGGUGUCAAGAGAAUAAAUACAGAAUGGACCCACCUUCAGAAAUCUAUCCUUUGAAGAUGACCUCUGAAUGGAAAUGUGCUCUGGAAAAAUCCCUUAUUGAUGCUGCAAAGUUUCCUCUUCCAAUGGAAGUCUUUAAGGAUCAUGCAGAUUUGCGAAGCCAUUUCUUCACAGUUGGGAUGAAGCUAGAGACAGUGAAUAUGAGUGAGCCCUUCCAUAUCUGUCCUGCAUCAGUGACCAAGGUUUUUAACAAUCAUUUUUUUCAAGUGACUAUUGACGACCUAAGAUCAGAACCUAGUAAACUCUCAAUGCUGUGCCAUGCAGACUCUUUGGGGAUUUUGCCAGUACAAUGGUGCCUUAAAAAUGGAGUCAAUCUCACUCCUCCCAAAGGUUACUCUGGCCAGGACUUCGACUGGGCAGAUUAUCACAAGCAGCAUGGAGCAGAAGAAGCACCUCCCUUCUGCUUCAGAAAUACAUCAUUCAGUCGGGGUUUCACAAAGAACAUGAAACUCGAAGCUGUGAAUCCCAGGAAUCCGGGAGAACUCUGUGUGGCCUCCGUGGUCAGUGUGAAAGGAAGAUUGAUGUGGCUUCAUCUGGAAGGUCUGCAGACGCCAGUUCCCGAGGUCAUUGUUGAUGUUGAAUCCAUGGAUAUCUUCCCAGUGGGCUGGUGUGAAGCGAAUUCUUAUCCUUUGACGACACCACACAAAACAGUCUCACAAAAGAAGAGAAAGAUUGCAGUUGUACAACCGGAAAAACAAUUGCCAUCCACAGUGCCUGUUAAGAAAAUACCUCAUGACCUUUGUUUAUUCCCUCACUUGGACACUACAGGAACUGCCAACGGGAAGUACUGCUGUCCUCAGCUUUUCAUCAACCACAGAUGUUUCUCAGGCCCUUACCUGAACAAAGGAAGGAUUGCAGAGCUACCUCAGUCAGUGGGACCAGGCAAAUGUGUGCUGGUUCUUAAAGAGGUUCUUAGCAUGAUAAUCAAUGCAGCCUACAAGCCAGGAAGGGUAUUAAGAGAAUUACAACUUGUGGAAGAUCCACACUGGAAUUUUCAAGAGGAGACGUUGAAGGCAAAGUACAGAGGCAAGACCUAUAGGGCCGUGGUCAAGAUUGUACGGACAUCUGACCAAGUAGCAAAUUUCUGCCGACGAGUUUGUGCAAAGUUAGAAUGCUGUCCGAAUUUAUUUAGUCCUGUACUGGUUUCUGAAAAUUGCCCAGAGAACUGCUCCAUUCACACCAAAACCAAAUACACUUAUUAUUAUGGAAAGAGAAAGAAGAUUAUUAAGCCACCAAUUGGGGAAAGCAACAUUGAAAGUGGUCACCCCAAACCAGCCAGACGAAGGAAACGACGAAAAUCCAUUUUUGUGCAAAAGAAACGGAGAUCUUCUGCUGUGGACUUUGCAGCAGGCUCUGGGGAGGAAAGUGAAGAGGAGGAUGUAGAUGCCAUGGAUGAUGACACUGCAAGUGAGGAGACUGGCUCUGAACUCCGGGAUGACCAGACAGAUACCUCAUCUGCAGAAGUGCCCUCGGCCAGACCCCGGAGAACCAUCACUCUGAGGAGCAGCUUGGAGCCUGUGCAUCGGCCCUCCGUCGACAGGACACGGAGAGGCCGCAGAGCACCAGCUGCCUCCUCUGCAGAGGAGGGGGAGAAGGGCCCACCUGCCAGGCCUGAGGGGACCGAGGAAACGAAGCAGGAAGAGGAAGAGAGACUCGUUCUGGAGAGCAACCCAUUAGAAUGGACGGUCACUGAUGUGGUGAGGUUCAUUAAACUGACAGACUGCGCCCCCUUGGCCAAGAUAUUCCAGGAGCAGGACAUUGAUGGCCAGGCUCUGCUACUCCUGACUUUGCCAACAGUCCAGGAGUGCAUGGAGCUGAAGUUGGGACCUGCCAUCAAGUUGUGCCAUCAGAUAGAGAGAGUCAAAGUGGCUUUCUACGCCCAGUAUGCCAACUGACUCUACCCUCCCGGGAGGCGGCCCAUUCUUUUUGUGAUGCAGAGUUCAUAAAAGUUUUCAGGACUGGACUUUGAUAUUUCCAGGAUCUGUGAAAUGGUACAUGCUCAAAGUUUCACCAAAAAGUCAGGAGCCGAGGAGGACCUCCUUCAUCCACCAGCCUGUUUGAUAUUUCUGCGUUUUUAAAGCACACUGAAGCCCCACCACAGGAGCUUCUGGAGAGUGUGAAUUCCAGUUCUGUGCCAGACCCUGCUGGGAUUGGAAAGAGUUCUUUGUAGAUCCACAUUUCUCCUUUCUCCCACCCACCAAACCAGGCAGCUUCUUUCAAACAAGAUUUCCUAAACCGAAGCCCGGAUUCUUUGAAAAUGAAGGCGGGCACACUUGACAUAUUUUUGAAUAUGACUGAGGAGGAUACCUAACCCCUUGCUGGUAGUUUUUGCUGUAAUCAUUCUCAGGCACAUUUAUAGACGCUUCUUUCCUAUCAAUACACGCGUGACUGUGAUUUGACGGCACAUGCUGUCCCAGUGGUUUGAUCUUAGUGGCAAGUCCUUUCUCAAACAGAGCUGUAGAUGGUGUUUCAGGAUGUCAUUAUAAAAAGAUGUGCUAAACCUCUCUCCUCUGUCAGAGGUGCCUUUCAGGAAGUAUGGGGAGUGAAGAAAGGCCAUGAUUUUCUUCAACAAGAGGGUUUUUCUUCAGCGACUGAAGCCUAGAAUGUCUGUAGAAGGAAGCUCGUCCCAAUGUUGUAUAAAACCUCAGAUUAUCGCCACUGUUCUCAUUUCAUUGUACCUAGAUCAGAGGGUUACUCCUUUAAAGAAGUGUUGACUUCUGUUUUCAAAGAAAAGCUUAAUUUUAGAGAAUAAGAGUGGGAAGAGAUUUGCAAGAAGCACUUCCUGAACUAGCUAUAUCCCCUUAGAAGGAUCAUGGGGCAGAUCUCCGCAGAAGACUCUGAAGACUCUCCCCCAACGUCCCAAAGUCUGUUUCCUUCUGCUCUGGGUCACCACAUAUGCUGUAGGCACAAGGUGCUGAGCCCCUGGCCCUGUGCUGCUCAGCGAGAACACUGGACUUAGACUCUGUCUUCUUAUAUUGGCUUUGUUAAUGACUAGCUGUGUGAUUUGGGUAAUUUUUUGGUCACUCUAGACCUCACUUCCUGUACAACAAUAGGAGUGGACACUCAGGAGGGCGUGGUGACCACACCUGUUCCUCCUGGGCUGUUACACUCAUGCAGAAAGAAGGGAAGAGUCCAGAUGGUUCAAAACGAGAACCAGACAGAACAAGAAGUGUGCAGCAAUGGCUUUUCCCUCUGCAAUGUCACAGUCUCCUCUGGCUUAGAGGUUGCUUGCAAAAUGUCUUGAGCAGUUUUAUUAAAUCAGCAAAGUCAUUUACAGACCAGUCUGGCUUGGAGAAUUGUCUGGUCUUUUGUGCCAAGCACUUCACCUGUGUAUUCUCGUCAGUGAUUUGAUAUGUUCAUUCAAACCCAGAUGGACAAGUGUCUUCUAUUGAGCUGGCUGCUUCAAUGCCUUGCUGAACUUAUGCAAGGAAACUAAACCUUUGCAUUAUUCAGAAGGAGACAUGAAAAGUAGAGGCUUCAGAGCCUGCUAUUUCUCUUUUACCAUAAUUACCUGACCUUUUCUCUUUGAUGAGAGUCUCAGCAAUUCCAGGAAUACCCUGCGGUGGGCUGCUCCUAUUUCUGCAGUGUUUUUUAAGGCGUGAUUAUUGGUCAAAUUUUGAGAACUUUGCUUACUAAGGCAAACCUUCCUUAACAUUCUGUAAUGGUCUCAGAUGAAAAUGGAAAAUAUUUUGUGGUUGAGACUGUUUUAGUCUCCUCUAUAGCUGAUCCUGACACUCAUGGUUGGUGACUGACUUUGCCCGGAACUUCUGAUGGAAGGAACAUGUCCGGCAUAGUUGUGAGGACCUGGAUGCCCUGGUGAUUUGUGGUUGGCUUGCAGCUGAUCUCUCUUCUGUGCUAAAGUUCUGACUUGUCCUCGGCUCCCUAUUCCUGUCUCUCAGCCACACGCUUUUGGCCUUAACCGCUCAGUCUUGUGGAGUUAAGCUCUGUCAAACGAUUGGAAAGAGUAUCCAUUUCAAGUUCUUUGGCAUUUUCCCUGCGCUGCCUCCUUUAUGAUCCUUCACCGUGGCCUUUUCAAGCUGAGCUAUUUCUGUUGCAUUUAAAACGAGGAUGAGAGAACGUGCUGGCUACAACCUAACAUUGUAUUUUCAAAACCAAUAGCACCUUCUUGUGCCCUUUCCAGUAAAGACCUGGAGGAGGAGGUGCCACAUCAGAAUGAGGGAACCUUCUUGGGUCUCCUGAGCUCACACAGGAAUCCCAAGCAAGUUAUAGCCGCUGUUGCUGGGGGAAGCUUCUUAAUUCCCAGGAGACCACAUGCCCAAGACUCCGCUUAUCCUCCACUUACAGUUUCACUUCAGUCUCUCUGGGCAUGGUAUUGGUCACUUUGUCAGCCUCAACCUCAUGUGCCCAGGGUCAGGAGGAGAUAGCUGUACUGGAUGCAGAGGAGAGCCUUGUCCUGGGACCUCCAUCAUGGAGGCAGUCUGAGCGCUACCUCCCAGGCACCCCAGGUGAGCCAAGAAGCAUUUUAGGGCCAUGGAGAUGCUUCUCCUCUGAGUGUUGCCAGUGUCCUCCUAAAUUUGGAUUCUUUGGAGUGCCCCAUCCUGGGGGGUAUACUUCAUGUCAGCAGUAGUUCUAUUACGGAAGUGGAAAGUGGUUGUUAUUUCUCUGUAGGUUUCACCUCUCACCAGCUUCUGUCUUAAAGAUAGGGCCAAUUUCUAUGGAGCAUUUUGCUGUGUUGUGUCCUUGUUACUUUUUGGCAGAAAAAAAACAAAAAUAGAUUCUACACGAAUACCCCGAUGUCUCUACAGCCCCAAAGUCAAAACCAUCUUCGACUGGACAGCAAAGGAUGCCCUGUAUUCUUUCCCUGGAUGGUACUAUUUCCUCUCUCUUCUUCUCUUUGAUCAAACUUUGGGACCAAAGUCCUCUCCUUUUUACACCUGGGCCUCGUGUUCAUGAUGCCUCUCAUACCUCCGGAAGCUGACCAAGCAGACACUUCACGGUCUGUGCCAUGUGUCUAACCUGAGAAAACAGAAAUGCCACCUCACUGUGAUAGGCGUGCUCAAUCCUACCUGAAAACUGACGGAGCUUGUUUCAGCUCCUCACUGCUUGACUAUGCUGUGUUGUAAAAAUAUCCUGUCCACGAAACACAAACAAAACAACCUUAAGAAAAACAGGGUAUUACUGGCAUUAUAGCACUUCUUUACUUUUUAAAACAAACAAAUAACAACACUUUCUUUCACUGCAGAGCUUCAUGGAGAACUCGCCGGUCACUUUCAGAAUUCAGUGCAUUUGAUCAGAGUUUGAGGCCCGCAGAGUAUUUGAGCUGCACAGCUCCUAGGUUCCUCUAUCUUACUUGAUCAUAUCUGCAAGAUUAUUUCCUGUGUUUGCUUUGAUUUGUUCCUAAAUAAAGCGAUCCAAACUUUUUUAACACUGCCACCUCUGACCCUUAGUACAGUUUUCAGGAGGUUGAUUUCGAUCAAGCCAUUUGAAGAAUGGUCUUGGUUUCCAAACAUAUCCCAUUGAAUUUUGAGGGUUAUAUUAAGCACGCUCUGGGAUUUACCUUCUGUCUUUUAACAAAACACCCCUUUCUAAGCGCUGUUUUCCCUUAGCUUGGAGAGCACUAGGGGUUUCAUACAUAUUGUGUAGGACACCCAUUUAUAUUUAUUUCUGUAUAUAGAAAUAAAGCAUAAAUCAGUAGUGUUCAAAAUCUUUGUUGUGGUUUGAGCAUCAUUGCUACUUUUGGGUUAAGAUGGUGAAUCUAGGCUCCAGUUACUCUAUAUUCUGUCUUUAGAAAGCUGUGAUGGAGUGUGCAAUUAUUUGAAAGGAGAAGUUGUAAAUUAAGAUGUCUGUAGCUUUUAAGGAAGAAAUUAUUGGAAAGAGAUCCAUACUGCCCAUGUCUCUCUGGUGCAAUAAUGAAAUAACAAGGGAAAGCUAUCUUGGCAGCUAUCACAAUUUAAUGAUUCUCUCAUUUGUUCACUGUUGUUUUCUGUUCAGAAGCUUUCUGAAAAUUACUUUAUUCCCUUUAAAUUGGCUGAAUUUUUAAGUGGAUUAAUUCUCAUAGCUUUUAUCAACUAAAGUGGUUUAUAAAGAUCCAAAAUAUUUUAUGUUAAAAAUCAAAUUGUGGUUAUUUUUGACCCAAUUAAUUUACCUAAAAAUGGUCAUUUCUGACAUAUGGUGCUGCCUUGGGUUUUGUUAAAAAGUGUCUUUCAUUCAAAUGAUAAAUGAUAACUCAGUUUCCUGAGGUGUAGUCUUUCCAUCCUAUGGGUUUUGUUUUAAAUGGCUAAACGUCCGUACUGGUGAAUAUGUAAGUCAUCACAUAAACUAGAUAGACCAGUGUUUCAUAUGGGCCAAGAUGCACUGAAGGAAAAAAAAAAAAAAAAAAAGGAAAGUUCUAGAACAGUUGUUUGCUGAAAAUCACCUUAUGAUGGAAAAUUUGGUACAAAUAUUUUAAAUGACAGAAAAGAUAAUCAUCUCACUUGUUCAAAAUGGGAG